AUGCCGAGCAAGGCUGCUUCCAAACUCACCUCUAACAAGUCAUUCAUACGUGUCGACAAUUUGACACCAGAUGCCACCGAAACUGAUCUCAUUGAUUACUUCUCCAAAUUUGGCCAUGUAAAAGGCGCCAGGGUUGUAAUUGAUAGUUUCACUGGCCAGUGCCUGGGAUACGGCUUUGUCACCUUCGCUGACGGAGAUGCUUUUAAGAAUGGUGUUCUGGAUGUCCACCACUAUCUCAAUGGCCGUCGUCUAACAGUACAUCUGGAACUGCCUUCCGGUGACUCACGUGCCUCCACUAAGCAAUCGUAAGUCCGAUUGAAUCGUCAGCCAACCCGCUCGUUGGCCUUCAUAUUGUGUGCUUAUUCUUCACGCAUAGAUCAUUCACAAUGGCAGGUUAAAUUCUACGUUUUAUCUAGACCUUCAAAAUAAGAUGUUUCUUGAAGUCGUUUACCUAGAUGGUGACUGCUUAAACAUUCCUCCGGCAACGGUGGAUUGCGUAAAAUUCUCUUUCUUAACUAAAUUUAAAAAAUCUUACUAUUGUUUAUGAGAGGGGCUAUGCACAGGUAUUUAAAAAGAAAUAUAUGGGUGAGGCGUACGCGUUCGACAACAGAGACCGUCCAGGGAUUCUGAGGAAGUUAAGUGUUUCUGUUCUAACCAGAACAAAGUAAACCAAAGCACGUCCAGCGAUCCUUGCUUGAAAAAUGAAAUUUUAACGGCCUAGAAAAGUCUAAAAUUAUAGGCGUUUGUAAGAUCGUGAAAUCUUCAAUCAUACAACAACGCGUCAGCAUUUGUAAAACGUAAAAAAUGAUGUCUACAUCCAUGGUAAAAUUUUAUGGGUCUCAUGUGAUAUCUUCUCAAGAGCCUAUAGAAAUGAAUUAUUUUUCUAACACAGAAAGCAUAUAGUUUGUAGCUUAGAAAUCUUUCGGGCUCCAAAUUAUUUGGGAAGUAAGGCUCUUCAACGACAAGUGGUCCAUUAUCUUCAAUAAUGGGUAAUUUUCUAUCAAGCAGGCGACAGAAUCAAAAUUUAAUGCGUGUUUUCUCUACAGCAAAAAAGUCCAAUAAGAAAAAUGUACACCAAUUAAGUGGUCAUUUUUACAAGAGGGCAAUUGAGACAGGCGGCCGGAUAGGAGGUUACUUAAAAAGCGACAUUAAAGGUAGCGGAAAGUAGGGCAUCACACGAGGGAUUAGUAUUUUAAACAUAGCUGUCCUAAAAUGGAUGAGUUUCUCCCUAAGAAAUUAUGUGUACCCUCCGUUAUUUAUUCGUACGCUACUUGCGUCCCGCCAUAACUUUUAAAAAACCACAUCCUGUUGGACUUUGUAAUUUGUCAAGUGAUUAUGAUCAUGACAAAUAACCAUAAGCGAAAUUUAAUAAUCGCAAAUUACUUUUGAAUUCUGAAGGGCCAAUGCCUCCCAGCAUUUUAAUUAAGGCCUAAGGUUUACAGAACAUACUUUAUGCCGAGUUGAUUGAUAACAUAAGGAAAUCUAUAAGCAAUUGUCAAAUUUCAAAAAACAACCGCAAUCUGCGCGGAUUUAUAGGAUCAAAAUAUAAUAUUACAGUAGAUGUGCUACCUCAUGAAAUGUUGAUGGAAAUUCUGAAAGGUGUUUUCGAUAUUAGAAAAUUAUUCUAGUAGUCUUAUGCUAUGGAUUUUCAUGCAGUAUUGUCUUUACAUAUUUUAGUUACCACAGUACGAGAUUUUUUCUGGCUGCCUGUUCACACCGCCCUUUGGAAAAAGUGACGACUAUGUACUUUUCAUAUUAAUUUUUAAUAUCCUUUUAAAUUCUCAUAUAUAACCUAUGACACAUAACGCAGAAGAAUACUCCUUCUAUACACUAAAUCUUUGGCCAUCUGAGCCUGCUUUAAUUGUUUUGCUAAAAAAAGUAUUCCUAGGUCUAAAAAAGUUUCAGAUUACGCGUCAGUACAGUUAUAUACGUCUUUUGUAAAGUAAACGACGUAGUCCCCAUCAAUUGCGAAUUUCAUGGGCCUAAUACAAUAUCUUCUUAAGAGUCUCUAGAAUUGCAUAAUUUUUCUCAAACAGAAUCAAUAUAGCUUGUGGUUUAGAAAUCUUAAAUGCAACUGCAAUGGCUGUUCAAUUUUAAAGAAUCCGGCAAAUGGCACUUUAUCUUCAGGUAUGAAAAUUGAAAAAGACAUAGUUUGCUAUUAAGGAGGUUAAAAAAGUACAUUAUUAUGCGUGUUUUCUCCAAAAUAAAUUUUAAUGCAUUGGACAGCAAAAAAUCAUUAAAGAAAAUUUCCUACUGAUUUAGUGCUCAUUUUUGAAAAAAGUGCAAUUCAGACAGACGGGCAGCAUCAUGGCCCAAAUGAUAUAUCUUGAGACUAUGCUGCAAUAUUAUUAAUAUUACACAUUUACUGAGGUGAUUGUUUGAACUAAAGACAUAUUUCAGAAUCCGAGUCAAAUUCUUUUAUGAUUGCAAAUCUGCAGUGUUUGAAAACGGUACCAAAAUAUCAUAUCCGGAGAACCAGCCCAUCGUAAUACAUGAGAAAGAUAAGGGGAGAAAGAAAAUUGCAACAUUAAUGCCAGUGCACCAUUAUUUGCAGUAAAAACACCUCGUAGCAAAGUGAAUAUAAUUAAAUUAUGAAAAAUCCAAACUAAAUUACAGUUUAUGGGACGCGUAUAUGGACCACAUUGCACAUAAGCGUGAUCGUGAAUUACAUUAAAUAACCUAGUGGAAAGAGCAGAAUGUCAUCAGAGACGGACGAAAAGAAACUGCCGCGUCAUUAAAAAGGCAAUCAAUUUAAGCAGUCGAAGCGGAUGUUGAUAAGGAAGCUCUUGAUUGUAAAACAGUUAAACGACCUAGUCGUGAAACGCUAGGGAUUUUUCUCGAAUUCGCACGUCCAACAACAGGAACCGCCCCAUGGCACGAACGUCCGGUUAUACAAACGCAGUAAGAAAUGGGCAAGCAAAACCUCAGAAAUCCACAAUCAGAAUGGUACGACCGACAAAGACAAGGGAGACUGGAAUUGCCAUUUCUGGCUUAUUAGCCGUCGUCAGCCAGUCAUACCAACCCCAAAGUUUGGAAGACCCGAAAUUCGUACUUGCGUCCUGUUAGUUAGGAGUCCAACGCCUCUAACCACUGAGCCACAACGGGACGAGUGCGUCGCGUAAAAACGAUCGGUGAGCGCCCUCUCUACCAUUGUAUAUUCCCGAUCGCAAUCGACAGGACAACGGGCCCGUGACCCAGUGUUUAGAGGCGUUGGACUUCUAACUAACAGGUCGCGAGUUCGAUCCCCAGAUGUUCCACAAUUCGAGGUUGGAUAUGACUGACUGACGACGGCUAAUAAGCCAGAAAUGGCCAUUCCAGUCUCCCUUGUCUUUUUUGGUAAUACCAUUCUGCUUAGAUCAUGAGCCGCUGUGCGGCUGCUGGUUGGACUCGAGAGAGAUAGCCCUAAAGCACAACAAGUCGAGUGAGUUCCGUGGAAUCGUUCGGUGAGCGCCCCUCUACCAAUGCACAAUCAAUAUCCGGAGAGAACGGAUAAGGGCUUGUCUACACCAUUACUAGCUGCUCACCGAGAGGGAUCUGCACCAUGCCUUGGACACCGAUCUUGCCAAGGGCACCAAAACAUGCAGAGUUUGAUUUGAACCUGUGCAACUAUCAGUCAUCUGAUGUCCAGAUCUGCCAUCGAUUUUAACCAAAUAGCUUCCUGUACGCAGAGCGAACAGUCUGCCACAUUUAACCGCAGGGUCUUCGGUAAUUAUUUCUUAAGUUACUGCAGUAGAGCAGGUCAUGUAAUGAUUAAAUGAAGGCACUUGCACAUGGCUGAUGUGAGAGACGGUCACUUGUACUAAGUUGCCGGACACAAAGUGCAGAUUUAGCAAAACACUAACCUCAACGGAAUAAGAUUAAUUGCUAGGGAAACCGAGAAACGUCCGUGAGCUACAGCAGUCCAGAAAUAAUUAUUUUAGCCCGCGCAUUCGCCGGGGUGGAUCAAGCACAAGCAUAUCAGGCGCCAGGCAGCUGCCAAAGAUAAAAUAGAUGCGAGACAAAAACUGAGGGACAGUGAAUGUGAAUGUACUUUCAUUAUCCAAAGAUUAACUCUAGUUCAUAUCCUGAAAACCAUACUGUCUACUCUUGAAAUAGAUCUGUCUCUAAAAACCCGUCUCCUUAGGUGCAUGCAUUCAUUUUUUGUUGUUUCAUUCGAUUACUCAUCUACUCCAAAGAUCUGCCCAGCACGGUGUUUCCAACCAUAAUCAGAUGAGGAAUGUCACACCUGACACUGCGGCCAAAGAGCGAAGCAAUGACGAUGUCACCCUUAGCAAGCAAACCAUAUAUGUUGGUCAGUUGAAACGAGACACCACGGAAGCCGAUCUCGAAGCCUACUUCUCCAAAUUUGGCACAGUAAGGCGGGCCAAAAUAAUAAUCGAUAGGGAAACAGGCGUGUCUCGGGGCUACGGGUUCGUCACCUUCGCUGACGCAGGGACCAUGAAUGAUGGCGUUCUGGAGGCCUGUCACUUCCUGCAUGGUCGUCGUCUCAAAGUCGAUCCGGCAAUGCUCCGUAGUGAUUACCUUUCCUGCAGGACCCAACAGCGAGUCCAGUUGAGUUUUCUACCAGAAUGCUCUAACGUUUGCUAUUCCUCUGCCUUUUACAUAUGCAAUUCCUUCUCCCCGUCUCUAGGCAGUCCCUAUUUUCUUUGCUCAUCCACUCAUUGAGUUCUAGUGAUUCUAUUUGCUCUUGGCAUCAUUGGGAUCAAGUUUCGUCUAAGGCAUGAAAAGCAGCAUGCUGGCAGACUUUCAGCGUGGAUUAUCCAAACCUGCUUCGAUAGAAUCUAUUUUUCCGAGGCAAUUCGAAUACCUUCUCGUCUCUUAUGUUAACAAACGACAGUUUAUGGGGGGAGGGGGACGAUGGCGCUGCUAAAUAACUGCAGUCUGACUCUGCCUAAUGAAAUUCCAUUCCUAUGUGUUUCAAGUAUAAAUACCUUUGUUCCCAAAUAUGUACAGUGGGUGACCUAUUUCAUGAAAUGUUGGCUGAAAUUCUGAAAUGCGUUUUCCAUUAGGAAGGAUUACUUGGUCUCGGUUGUAAUACUAAUUAUCUUAAGGCAUACUCUUAUAACAUUUCGGACUCGGCAGGAUGUCGGCUUUUAAAUGCACUUCUUAGCAAUCUCCUGUGGAAAGCGUGCUUGGUAAAAAUUACUACUUAAUUAGUAUGCAUUUUUCCCAUUGACUUUCGUUGGUCUUGGAAAUUUAAAUAUAUUUUAUAAAAACCAUAAACAAAAAUAGGCUUUCUUUUAGUCAAUCAAUAAAACAUCACGUCUUCUAUAUAUUUUAUACUUAAGAAGGGAGUAUAAUUAGCUUUUAAAAAAGUUUCUAAUUAUGAGACUUUUUAAGACCGCGAAAUUUCCACUCACAUAGCAUCGUACCUGGCCGUUUAUUACUGCUCCUCAUAAAAUGUACAAUAUGGUCCGCAUCCAUUGCAAAAUUUUAUGGAAUCUGUGUGAUAUCUCUUUAAUGGAAUAGAAAAAUAUGAGAUUUUCUCUACGCGGAACGCAUGCACUUUGUAGAGUGAAAUCACUAAGCGCAAGUGCAACGAAUGAUCAGCCUCCAAAUUAUUUGGCGAUUAGAAAACUUUUUAAAAACCUAAUUAUACUCCUUUCUUAAGUAUAAAAUAUUAAGAAGACGUAAUGCUCUAUUAAUUGACUAAAAGAAAGCCUGUUUUUGUUUAUGGUUUCUAUAAAAUAUAUUUGAAUUUCCAAGACCAUCAAAAAUCAAUGGGAAAAAUGCAUGCUAAUUAAGUAGUCAUUUUUACCGAGCACGCUUUCCACAGGAGAUUGCAAAGAAGUGCAUUUAAAAGCCGACAUGUUUCCGAGUCUGAAAUGUUAUAAGAGUAUGCCUUAAGAUAGUCAGUAUUACAACCGCGACCAAGUAAUCCUUCCUAGUCGAAAACGCAUUUCAGAAUUUCAGCCAACAUUUCAUGAGAUCGGUCACUCACUGUAUAUGUUCAUUUUGCUCCUCCUCUUCCUCUUCUCCCUCUUCCUCUUCUUCUUCUUCUUCUUCUUCUUCUUCUUCUUCUUCUUCCUCCCCACCCCAUCCCCCUAUCCGGCUCCUACUGCUCCUCUUCCUCCUCCUCCUCCUCCUCCUCCAGAGUAGGAGUUAGACAUAGGGUUAAUGCUAAGACGUGGGAAUAUGUUCCCUCUUGGAAUUUGGCGCAAAGUCGCCUGUAGUAUGUUUGAAGUACAUUUAACCGCGUUCAGCCCUCAACAUCUGCACAUCUCCUGACCAGUUUUCAUUUCGCAAGAAACAGGGAUCUCUUAGCAUUGUACUCUAUCAUUUGUGUAUUAUUAGCGUGUUCUGAGCAGACUUAAAUCUUGUAAUUGAAGGUCACUUUUGACUGUUGAAGUACUACUGAUUUUCGGAAUUUUUAACGUGUAUCAUUUUUACAUCAAAUCUUCAUUGUGGGAACAAAUUUAGGUCGAAUUCCAGAGAAUAAAGUGGAAACGCAUUGACAUAUUUGUCAAAUCAACAUGGGAAACUUAGUAGGUUGGGGGCCGAUUAUUACCCUGUGGGUAAGUCAGCCCUUCGUUUGACGCCAAUCGCAAUUGAUGGUUUAAAAGACUGAGCCGAACUUUAGCCGUCCUCGGGCAUCCGACGUUGCGUACCAGACAAAAAAGCAGAGGCAGGACUAAUGGAAGGCAAGUCAGAUUGCGCACUACUUGAUUGGCGCGUGUAAACAAAUGAAAAUCCAAAAUGUCGGUCCAUGCAUUUCCUGCUCCCCGAUUUGUCUUUGAAGACCACAGGUGAAUUCCCCGCACGAUCUAAUACAUCUCCCUUUUAUUGGCCUGACGUUUCGGAUUUUCACUCAAAUCAAUCAUCAAAGACAGAGUCAGAUAGCUUUUGGCAACCUUUGCCGUACGUGAAGAGUGUCUCGAAAUACGUCAGUCGCCUUCCUACGCCCCUUGGAAUUGGAGUUGCACGCGGACCGGAGGCAACCAUAAGGCGCCAGAUCGUGAGGCCGAAAGAUCCACUAACACGGCAAAAACCAUCUGGAGUCGCUUUUCGGGUCAGGGGAGGUUGUAGGCACAGCAACAAUCUCGGACAAACCGGAAGACUACUCCGGACACGGAUAUUUGAGUAGGCGGUAGCAGUGGGGAGGAACGAUUUCGACUUCCAGGUUGAGGCUCAUUCGACAGAACACAACCGCUCAUUCCCGUUUGACAUAACAGAAAUGCUUUCUACAAGCGACAACCGUGUGGGCCGUGAACUGAUCGAGUCAACGUUUUUUAGUUCUUAAUCAAUCAACAGGCGCAAAGACUCCUCCUCUCCAUAUUCGGCACUGAGACUUUGCCUUGGCAAAAUAGUUGGCGGCGAGCAGAGCGUGCAGAUAACCGCUUUGCGUCCACCGAUCUUUGGUUCGAAUGAAAUAAGGGCAGUACGUUGAGUGUAAGGAAGGGGAACUCGAGAAAUAUGUGUUCUUGCCUUGCCCCACUUUCUUUUGAUUAAUGCAAAAAGAUUUUCGAUGGGAUCCAGGCCCGCUGUAGCCGGAGACAUCGGUUACGAUGUCGAUGAAGACCUUGCUGUUUAUAGUUUCCGUGUUUGAACGCCAAACUGGUCACUCUCCAAUCUUGAUGGCCAUCCGAACCAUCAGGCGUCGACAGUUCUUGAAAGUUGGCGUCAAUAUAGUGUGCUCGCGUGGGAAGUUCUUCCCGCAUUUCACCACCUAGAUUGACUUCGGAGGCUUUUCUAAAAAUAGGACCUCAUCACAAAAGUAAAUGCUUUUCAAAAAUGAAUGUCUGUGAUCAAUAUAAGUUUGAGCAAGCAAAAAACGUUCUCUAGUAAGUUUCCUACUUAACAUGGCUUUGACUCGGCGUUUUGCAGAUGGAGGCCGAAUUUUUUCAUUCCUUUUCUAAUUAUGCGCGAAGAAAACGCUGACAGGUGAUCCAUGCAAAGAGACUUACGGGGCCUAUAAUGGUACUUUUUCAGUUUCUAACGAAUGAAAUCGUCGUCUUGCUUGCUUGUGGACCGUUUUGGUCCACCUUGCUUAGCUCUAGGCACUGUUUGAUUAUUAAUAAUUCUUCAAAGAGCCACCUGACUGAUGUUGAAAACAUUAGCUAACGACUCACGCAGCAGCCCUUCGGCUGUCAGUUUUCGUAUCCGCUCAAGGCCAACUUCCAAUAAGAACUGUUUCGACAUCUUUGCUGCACGGCGUGACAAGGAAAAGUGGGAGUUCGAUAUUCAAGCGCGGAAACCCUGGACCACUAAAAACCUCAACAUCCUUGAGAAAGUUUAAAGAUGGGCGACCAAUCAUGUUAUUGGACAGGGCACACUACCCUAUAAAAAACGGUUAUCCAAUCUCGGCCUUUUUCCUCUGAGUUACAGGCAACUAAGAGGCCACCUGAUAGACACACUGCUUAUUAUGCGCGGUCAGGACUGCUGUCUUUUACUUGCUGACUUCUUUGAGUUAGCAACCACAACGAAACUCCGUGGACAUCCACUCAAAAUACGUGUGACUGGCGCCAGGCUGGACCUAAGAAAGUUCUUCUUUUUCAACGGAGUGGUCGGGGUUUUGACUUCUUUGCCUGCAGAUAGCGUCAUAUGCACAUCCAAUGGAGCUUUUCAGCACAAGUUGGUCCAGUAUACCAGCACACAUCAUAAUGUCACCAGACCGAUAUCGUCUUAGCGCUCUGUUCCAAAGGUUUAUUAUUGUUAUCAUGUUACUGGCUGUAUUUCUGUAGCGUCAAUUUUGUUAUUUGAAUAUCCACCCAGAUCCAUUGAAUGUGGAUGUUGCCAUUAGCAUCGUCUCCCUCAGAAACUGAGAUCGAACCAAUAUUUUCUAGCAUAAUUAUGAAUAGACUGACAACUAUACAGCGCAUGUCAUUUAUCUGUCCGGCUUCGAAGAAAAUUUCUAUAGAUGUUUGGCGUUUCCAUUUUAGAAUUUUUGAUAUAACUCGCUUCCUUGUAACAAACCAGGACUUCAAAAGUUCGACACCUAGACAUUUCGAAAAUGCCUUACUUCAAGAUCUCCGCUUAUUUAACCUAGAUCUAAAAAGGAAGUGAAACAGAAUUCGGACCCAAACAGAAUUAACAUUGAAUCCCUGCCCCAAGCGGUAACGGAAAGCGAUCUGCGUGAGUACUUCUCCAAAUUUGGCCUUGUCAAGGACGUCGGAUUGGUGGAAAGGUUUAAACGACUCGAUCGUGGUUUUAUUGUCUUCCGUGACCUUGAAUCGGCAACGAAGGUGAUUGAGUCCCAGCCACACAAAUUAAACAAAAGACAAAUUACCGUAUCUCGCACCGAGGAACCUAGAUCAACAGACACCGGGUAAGCAUUUGAUCUACAAAUAGAAGGAUUUGUGAAUUGGACAAGUGAGAGUUGAUUCUUCUGUAUUUCAGAACUCGUCCGCAUUUGACGGCAUUUACAACAUCAACACCUGAAGCAUAGUGCAUAACUUGUAGAGACGCCUCAAAGUGUCGUCACAAUGGAACGGACUACAAUAACGGUGCCUGUUGUAAACAUAUUUUCGUCUCCAAAUUUGGGCAACUCGAAAACCAUUUCCACUUUUCCUGUUUUUUUUUACAAUCACGUAAUUAAUGGAGCACCUCAAUUCUAGAAGGUGUGAAUGGCAGGAUUCAAGAAUUUUGUAGAUUCAUAGUGCACAGAAGGAUAUGAGGGGAGGAGGGGUUCUUGAAUGGAGGAAGGGACGUCAUGUGCUGAGACGAUUCUGGGCUUUUUUGUUUUAUUAAGUCCCACCGUCAAGAAAAGAUGCAUUUUCUAUCUACAUGUGGAAAAACCGCUAGACGAACACCACGCGAAGUGCUUAAACGUAGCGGCGGAAUGGUAGGAAGAUAAGCAUGAUUGUCAGUUUUAACCGGCUCUGGUGAUGUGUCUCUGGAUGCCCGUAGCGUGCACAGAGUGUUGGCCUGUCGGGGUAGGUGGUAUGACGAGAAGUUAUUCUAAAGCCACACGUAAGUGGCAGCACGUGGCGCCCAAUCUAUAUAUACAUGUUUGCGCAUACAAUUUCCGACCCAACAAAACACUUUUUGCCAGAUAAUUAACAAUUUUCAGAGCAACCAUUGCGAAUGUAUACUGCGUUGUUAGUACGGUUAAUCACUGCACAAUCCUUACUACUGGCUGCCUGUUGGAUGUUUGUGAAUAUAAAGCGGUUUUUCCGCAGUUGCUGAUGGAUUUCAGCUCAAAUAUUUAUGUCAAACUUCGGACCGUGCCUAAAAAGGUCAGUUUCGAAAGAUUUACUCCAAGUUCGCGCAUUAAUUUCCUCGGAAAUUAAACAAAACAUGAAUGUAGCCUGUCAUAUAGCCUAACUAACUGUCGUCGUUAUUCCCACACAUUUACGUUAGCAUACCAGCCCUCAUACAACUAUCUAGAGCAGGUGGGUUAACUCAAGGAAUAUCAAAAGAAAUUCCGAAAGGCCUUUCCAUUUCGAAAAGAUUAAUUAAGUAGGGUUGUAAAACUAAUAAUUAUGCGGCAUUAUUCUAUAAUAAUUCAGUUAUUACAGGACUCCAGCUUUCAAACAAACUUCUUUCUGGCUGUAUCCUGAAACCAUACUUCUUAAAAAAUGGCUUUUUACGUAACAUGUAUUUUUUGAUUAAUUUUUGAUGAUCUAAGUGAUUCAGUUAUAUUUCAUAAAAAAUGCACAAAAAUUUUCAUUCUUUUGCUCAUUCAGUAGAAAACUACGGCUUCUUCUAAAUUUACAGUCAAAGGAAGGGUGUAAUUUGGUUUUAUAAAACUUUGCCGAUUUCCAAAUAAUUCUGGACCAACCCCACCGUUACACAUGCAUCGAGGGUUACCAAACUACAAGCCGUAUAAAUUCCGCGUACGCAAAACCAUACAUUUCUCUAGGGUAAUAGAGGGGGACAGUAUAGGGUUCAUAAAAUUAAACAGUGAAUUUGAGCCACAUCCUUAGCUUUGUAAGCCAUAUUGAUAAAUGCAAAGACAUGACGUUUUAUGAAGGGCCAUUACACCAUAUAAAAAGUUCUCACAAGUGUAACCUUAAAUCGAAUAAUACACUUCCGUCGAGCGUGCAGCAGAAAGAAGACGUAAUUUUCCACUGAAUGAGCAAACAAUUAAAAUAUUUAUGCAUGUUUUCUAAGAAAUAUAAUUAAAUCUUCAAGGACAUCGAAAAUCAAUGAAAAAUGCAUUUAACUUAAGUAGCCAUUUUUUAAGCUGUAUGGUUUUUGGAUGCAGCCAGAAAGACUUUUGUUCAAAAGCCAGCUUCCUGUGGUAACUGAAUUAUUAUUAUAGAAUUCUGCUGCAUAAUUAUUAGUUAUAUAGCACAGUUUAAUUAAUCUUUUCGAAACGGAAGGGCAUUUUGGAAAUUCUGUUGACAUUUCUUGAGUUUGCCCACCUACUGCAGAUAGUUGUAUGAUGGCUGGUAUGCUAACCUGAAUGUGUGGGAAUAACGACGACAGUUAGUUAGGCUAUAUGACAGUCAACAUUCACAAUGGUGGCUCCGAUGUUGGUUAUUGUCCAGGGAACCCAUUAGUGGAAUAUCCAGUGAUCAGGAAUUCACUACCAAUAUUAACCACACUUACAUUCGGGAUGUGAGUUGCGAUUGGCCAUGAUGCAAACUUGUCAAUCACUGCGGCCAAAUGUUGUGGCAAAUAGCCUAGAAGAUCUGUGAUUUUCGUGAACAAACAUGUGUCCGGCCAAAGAAAUGUGAAGAUAAGGGAAUUAUUUGUGCCAUAAAAUUUUGGCCUUCUUGAAGGCCCGACAGGAAAGAGACCAUUUUCGAAUGUGAAUGUGUAUGCCAGCCAGGGGAAACAUUCCCUGAUGGCGUGCUGGGACGCCAAAAUGCAAGGAUGACAAAAGAAAAUCGAAAGCCUGUUGAGCGAUUGUGCUAUUCCGUCACCUGUAAGCCACAUGCCAAUUCAGCGCAGAAAAAAAAUAGAAGCUUACUCCUUCAGUUGAGCUAAAGGUUUGCGUCCUGUUGACUGUAAAUGGUAACAUUCAGUGUCACAAAGGAACUUCUUUAACCGAAUUAUUCUAAUAUCAGAACGUAGGUGAGGCAGCAGUCUCUAAACCAGAGCAUAAAAUUAAAAUAUUCAUCACGACAUGACAAUUCAGAUAGGAUAUAUAUUAAUGACGUUAGCGGGUAGUCCUUUCUUAUACUCCGAGUAUGUAGAAUGUUUUUUGCAAGCACGUCUGUCCUAGACCACGAAAAAUGUGGCCGACAUAUCGACCAUUGUGUAACCUUGACAUUUUUGUCCUUUUAAACCUAGUUCUGGGAAGGAACUGAGUCAGAACGUGGACCCCAACAAAAUCUACCUUGGAUCUCUGCCUAAAUCGAUAAACGAGUGCAGUCUGCACGAGUACUUCUCCAAAUUUGGAAUUGUCAUGGAUGUAGGCGUGCUAGAGGAACGUCAAUUCACCGGUCGUGGUUUCGUUGACUUCCGUGACUCUGAUUCGCCAAAAAGGGUGCUUGAGUCACAGCCGCACCAAAUAAACGAGACACAGAUCACCGUCUCUCUCGACAGGAAACCAGGAUCUGCAGGCACUGUGUAAGCCUUUGACCCACUAUGGCGAAAAUAUGCAAUAUGUCUACAAGGAAUUCUGUUUUUUUUGGAGUUUAAGGACUCAUCUAUCUUUGUCACAUCUGAGUCAUGUUCUACAACAGGUUGAACAUCUGUUAUUCGUCCAAGAGAGGCGUUAGCAACCUGCCAUAAUUUGCUUAGCGUACACUCAUCAAAUACCAAACAGACUGAGCAAAUUAACCACAGCGAAUUAGUGGUUUUUGUCCUUAAAAUAUUAACAUUAGCAAGACAAUUUAAAUUCUAGAGAAAUGGCACAGUUACAGGAUUUUAGAUGACGAGGGUAGAGAGGUCGUUUUGCACUGUUUUCAUAUUUGGUCUAAAAAAACGCGAAACAAAACGAGGGAACACGAAUAACCACAUUAAUAGAAAAUUCCACUUUAACGCAUAUUUUGCAGAAUAUUGAAAAAUUAAUGGCAGGGCGGUAGGGGAAUUCGGGAACGACCUUGAGAUUCAGUAUUGAUUGUGCUACUCUACCGACAUGGCUGGACGGAAUCCGCCAAGCAUGCUAGUCCCUACACCCGACGUCUUCAUCUCUAGUUAUUUUGAGUCGUACCUGACACUGCUGCUUGAUGAAAUAGUAAAGAAUGAGGCCGAUGGUGGGAUUCGAACCCACAGCGGCAAGGUCGAGGCAUGUGUUCAGCCAACUAUCUUACCGCCCAAGCUAAGUAGCUCUGAGUGGGAACCGUGAGUUACUUCAAGUGCUACACAUCUAGCUUAAUGUCACCCAUGGAAUUCACCAAUCCUGAUACAGUAAGCUACCCACCCAAGCUGGAGUUCCUAAGCAGUCAAUCUAGAAUCCACUAUCCAAAAGCCAGUCUAACUUUAUUAAUAAUUAUUUUUGACGGAUUUACAUAUGCCUUUUGACUCACAUGCGCGAAAUUUGGCAAUCUCUGUGGAAUAAGAACACCUAUUGGUGAAAUGAGCGUGGUAGUCAGCAGUCAGCUGGCAGAUUCUAGACUGAUUUCUCAGUAAGUUCAGAUUAGGCAGCCAGUCUACUAUAUCAGCUCCUCAGUCAACCGCAUUCGACAACGCCAGCUUGGAGCUCUAAAGCCACAUGAAAUUUAGUGUAGUUUGAAUCAAUCGAGUUGCGACAUUUUAAUUUCGCCCCAAAGGUAUUUUUGCAUCACACCAUGUGAAAAGAGUCUCUUCCUAAAUGAAUGCAUCAGGCUGCGCAAGUUCUGGAAAAAAGCUACAUUUAACUAUUAGUUCCUCUGCUACCUUCCUAUAGGUCCACUUACUCAAGCAAUUUGCGUCAAAAUCCCCCCACUGAGAAUCCUGCCGUGGACUUGGAGUCAGAAACGUCGCCUCAUUCAGAAUCCCUUGCAGCCUGUCCGGAGGGCGAGACGUCUGGUGCAGCGCUGGAAGUCCGCGAUCACUGCUCGCAGGUAUUUGCCAGUGCGGGCCAACAUUCAGGAGUCGGGGAUGAAGCGGAGAUGCAGUAG